UUUCUCUUCAUCAUCUAUCAUUUCUAUCUUCUUAUAAACAAUCUCCAUGAAGUUCCCAAAGCUAUUUUUUGUAUCGGUUCUUGCCAUGGUUCUAGUCCUAAGCAUUUCAGCAGCACCAAAUUUUGAUUCUGACAAUCACUCAGCAGCUGUAGAGGAUGAUAAUGAUGCAACAAUGCAUGUAUCCGAGUACGUUCCAGAUGAAGCAGAAGGUCGCUUACUCUUGCAAAAGAAACGAACACGAAGGAUUACUUGCAACAAGUUCCCCAGGAUUUGUCAUGCUAAGGGAAGUCUUGGACCUCAAUGCUGCAAGAAAAAAUGUGUUAACAUAUUGAUGGACAGACUAAAUUGUGGAAAGUGUGGGAAGAAGUGCAAGUACAACGAGAUAUGUUGCAAAGGAAAAUGUGUUAAUCCAUCAUUCAAUAGGAGACAUUGUGGUGGAUGCAACAAAAGGUGCAGCGAUGGAGAGUUGUGUGUUUUUGGCUUGUGCAAUUAUGCUUAGAAGAAUUUUUUUUUGUCCCUUUUUGUUGAAUAUCUGUUAAAUUUGUUUGAUUUGUAAAAGCUAAGUGUGAUUCAUUUAAUUACAAAUCUUGUUCUUUUCUUUCCUUUUAAAAGUUUUUUCAUUAAGUGACUAGAGGUUCUUGAUUUUUAUGGGUAUCGAUAUAAUUAAAUUUAUCUAUAUCGAACUCAGUAGAUUUAUAAAAAAAAUAUUUUCUCACUGUCUUUUAAAGGAUUCGAAUCUAGAUAACAGAAAAAAAAG